CAGCAUCGCAUCGGAGGGAAUCCUUUAGCUCGCCGGCGACGCGGUUUUUCAUCAGGUGGCCAUGUCUUCGUGGGUGAUAGUGGUAGCUCUUGGUAUGGUGGGUCAUUGCUUGACUCAGCGCUCAGAGCCCAUGUUUGUAGCUGUCACUCAGAGUGUGCUGCCCCCUGAUUAUGAGAACAACCCCACUCAGCUAAAUUACGGUGUGGCUGUCACUGACGUGGAUGGGGACGGGGACCUGGAAAUAUUUGUGGCUGGGUACAAUGGCCCAAAUCUGGUGCUGAAGUACGAUAAAGCCAAGAAAAGAUUAUUGAACAUUGCUGUAGAUAACCGCAGUUCACCGUACUAUGCACUCAGAGACCGACAGGGGAAUGCAAUUGGAGUCACUGCUUGUGACAUAGAUGGUGAUGGAAGGGAAGAAAUUUAUGUUCUUAACUCCAAUAAUGCUUUCUCUGGUCGAGCAACGUAUACUGAUAAGCUUUUCAAGUUUCGCAAUGGACGUUUUGAAGAUCUUUUAAAUGACGAGAUAAACGAACAGAGAGAUGUGGCAAAUCGAAUGGCAGGCCGGUCUGUAGCCUGUGUGGAUAGAAAGGGAACAGGGCGCUAUUCUAUCUACGUUGCCAACUACGCCAGCGGGAAUGUCGGGCCACAUGCUCUGAUCGAAAUGGAUGAAAGCUCCAGCGACCUGUCCAUGGGGAUUAUUGCGCUGUCUAACGUAGCAGAGCAGGCCGGAGUCAACAAGUUUACAGGAGGACGUGGGGUUGUAGUGGGGCCAAUACUCAGCCAGACCCUUCCUGAUAUAUUCUGUGACAAUGAGUACAGCUCCAACUUCCUCUUCCGCAACAACGGAGACGGGACAUUUACAGAUGUGGCUGCGCAGGCAGGACUUGAGGACCCAAUGCAGCAUGGGCGUGGAGUAGCUCUAGCAGAUUUUAAUCGGGAUGGGAGGACAGACAUUGUGUAUGGCAACUGGAAUGGGCCACAUCGUCUAUACCUGCAAUUAAACAAUAAUCGCAAACAAAGAUUCAAGGACAUUGCUUCGCAGAAGUUUUCCAUGCCAUCUCCUGUGCGCACGGUCAUCGUAGCAGACUUUGACAGUGACAAUGAACUGGAGGUCUUUUUCAACAACAUUGCAUAUAGAGGAGCAUCAGCCAACAGACUGUUUAGGGUGUCUCGAAGAGAAAAUUCAGACCCACAUAUAGAGGAGCUGAACAUUGGGGAAGCAGCAGAACCAGAAGGGAGGGGAACAGGAGCUGCUGUGACUGAUUUUGAUGGAGAUGGACAGUUAGAUCUGCUGGUGACGCACGGUGAGAGUGCAGCUCAGCCUAUCUCUGUGUACCGAGUGAAUCAAGGAUCAUCUAACAGAUGGCUCCGUGUGAUUCCACGCACGCAGUUUGGUGCUUUUGCUCGGGGGGCCAAGGUGGUGGUGUACACUAAAAGAAACGGCGUUCACACACGUAUUAUCGAUGGCGGUUCUGGAUACCUGUGUGAAAUGGAACCUGUAGCUCACUUUGGACUUGGGAAAGACGUGGCCACCAAUGUGGAGGUGUACUGGCCAGAUGGACAUUCUGUGGCCAGACCAUUGGAGCUCAGUGACCUGAACACAGUUAUGGAGAUCAACUAUCCAACCUUUGAGGAGGAAGUGACCCCAACAGUAGAGAUUGAGUGUGGAUAUGGAUUGUUUGUCAAUGAAAAUGGCCGCUGCACAGAUCAGGAUGAGUGUACACAGUUUCCCUCCGUGUGUCCCCGUGAGCGUCCUGUCUGUACCAAUACAUACGGGAGUUUUAAGUGCCGUUCGAAGAAGAAAUGUAACCAGGGAUACGAGUCCAAUGAUGAGGGAUCAGCCUGUGUGGCUCAAGUAGCGUACUUUGAGGAAAACAGAUCUUCUGCAUUCAAACACUGGCCUUCUCUUUUUUGGGUACUGUCUCUAACCCUGCUCGCUCUGCUUGCUACCUGACCUGCUGAUGGCCCUCUUCUUCCUCGUCAUCAUCACUUCGCAUAUGAUGUGCAUUCUCUUCCUCUUGUGUAUUGGGAAUCAACUGUAAAUGAACUCUCUGUGGACUCCCAACUUUCACCGUGACCCCUGCUGUGUUUCAUUUCCUGCACUGAUACUUGUAGAAUAGACUGUGUGCAUGCCCACACGAACUUACAGGAGUUUUAAGAAGAAAACAUUUUACAAAAGUAAAUCAAUAAAACAAGAUUUUAACACACAAGCUGUUAAAAAAAUAAGAAAGGCGUUACAUGGAUGAUGAAAUUAUGAAGUCUUUCCAAAUUAUUUUCUGUACAUUAUCAUACAAAGGCCUAAAUCUGAUUUUAUUUUAGUGUGAAUAUAAAAUGGUAACAUAAAAUAUAUAUUCAAGAUCAGAGGUUGUUUUUUGAGUGUGAUCUCUAAAUUAUUUGAAGUUAUUUCCAAAUCACUAGCGUUGAUUCCAUGAA